AGUGCUGCCUCAUUCAAAGAAAACAGCAGUACCACAGCUGGUAUAAACGAGACAGAGGAGCAAACUGAGAAGAACUCAGAAACCUUGGACAUACCACCACAAGUUCAGGCUCCACUGAGGCAGGAGGAGGUGAACGAAGAAGAAGAGGCGAUACCUGAUGGGAACACUGCUGAUUUGCGACAGCUGGUGCCGGUGGGUGGCGUGUACCACAUCGCCGCACUGCAGCUGCCGCCUCAGGGCAGACAAGUGGGGGACUGGAGCAUGGUGGAGUUACUCGAUGUCGGAUUGGAGGCAUACCCAUACCUGCCAGAAGAGGCUGCAGAUGCCACACAGCCACCAGUACAGAUAACUCUUGGGCUUUCUGACAACGUGAUAUAUUUUGAGGACCCUGUGAUAGCCCGAUGGGAUCCUGUGGGCCAGCAGUGGAGAAGUGAUGGCAUCAGCAACAUAACGUAUGGAGCACAAGAAAAAAGCAUCACCUUUGAGAUGGGUGCCUUUUAUACAAUAGCACUUCUCCAGGAUGCUCAUCUCAAUAUGCCGUAUCAGGCAUGGGAAUUGCGACCUACUGGUGUGGAUGAAGCACUACUUACAGUUACUACAGUCUUUGCAAGGAUUCAGAUACAAAUUAAGGAUAAUAAGUGUAUGUUGUCUUCAGUAGUGGUGGAAGAGAAGGACGUGCUUUCCCACAUCACAGGAAAAUGGCUAAGUCCAGUUGACCUAAGAACAGUUCUGAAAAAAGCUGGUGUGAAUAUUUUCCCAGGAGAGUCUUCUCACAAGUAUGUCGCUGUGAACAAGAAGGCUCCCCUAGCAGAAGGUAGGGCCUAUCAACAGAUGGCACUGGUCGCAUCAGCUUUUGCUUUUGCCUGGAGCAAGUGGAAUUUGGAAGCAGGUCAAGAGCAAGUAGUGUUCAAGGUGAGUGAGCAUCUUAAAGCAGAUUCUGUCAAAGACAAAGAUUGGUCUCUUUACAUGUUUAAUGGUCAGAAAGCACAAAAGCUCAAGAUCACUGAAACCAGCGAAGCUUUUUCAGAAGAGCUAGAAGAUGAUUCUGAAUUUCACUCCACACUCUACCAUAUGCUUAAGGACCUUGCCAGCAAAGAAGCAAUUGAUAGAGUGGAAACAGCUGGCUUCCUGUUUGUUGAUGUUGUGUAUCAGUUGCUCCUCGCUACAAGAGUUUUAACAUACUCUUAA